AUGAGUUUCCCAGAUAAACCAGCGGCUUAUCUGCUUGGUUCUAAUGGCCCCGUCCAUGCCGUCAAGUACUCAGCGUCUCCCGGAUCCUACAUCUUGACGGGCUCCGGGGAUCGCUCCAUACGCCUGUACAACCCAUUUUCUAACAUUAGCGUGCCGGAGGCUCAGUCUGGACCAAAGCCAGCGGUGCCGCAAGGCCGUCUGAUUCAAACGUACUCGGCGCAUGGAUAUGAAGUGCUCAGUCUAGAUGUCGCAGCAGACAAUGAGAAAUUUAUCUCGGGCGGUGGCGACCGCUCUGUUUUCUUGUGGGACGUCGCUACGGCAGUCACAACGAGACGGUUUGGAGGCAACGUUUACGGACAUUCAGCACGAAUCAAUUGUGUCAGCUUCGCAGGGGAUGGCGAUUCUUUGAUUGUGAGUGGUGGCUUUGACACCACCGCGCGAAUAUGGGACGUGAAGAGCGGCAGUGUCAAACCUAUUCAGGUGUUGAACGACGCCCGAGACGCAAUCACGUCGCUGGUUGUUCGAGGCCCCGAGAUCGUGACCGGCAGUGUGGACGGGAGAGUGAGAAGCUAUGACAUAAGGAUGGGCCGAUGCACGACUGAUGUUAUGGGAGCAAGCGUCACCAGUCUAACUCUCACAAAGGAUGGCCGGUCAAUGUUGGUGGGCACACUGGACAGCAAAGUGCGACUGAUGGAUCGCGAGAACGGCAGUUGCCUUCGAGCAUAUUGCGAUCCUCUAUGGAAGAACGAAGAAAUCCGAGUGCAGUCACUCCUAGGCCACCGAGAGAAGUACGUGAUUGCAGGCGACGAAAUGGCCGUGGAGCCCGGGGGCAAUGGCGAGGGUAGAGUAUGGGCGUGGGAUCUGCUCACGGGUAAAGUUGUUGCCAAAGUAAAUGUCCCUUGGGGCCCGCAUGGUUAUGAGCAAAAGAAGAAAGCUAUUGGCAGAGACGGCAAAGAAAAAACUCGCAGUAAUGUGAUUAGCUGUCUGGCGUGGAAAGAAGAUGGCUGGGGAGAUCAGUUUUGUGUAGGAGGCUCCUCUGGCGUCGUUGCAGUUUUCAAUGUAUAA